AUGGCUUCGGUUUCCAAACUGGCUCCUGUAAAGGUGCUUACAGGCACUAACAAUAGAGAAAAAAUGAACAUUCUAGACUUGUCUCUAGAUGACAUUAUAAUACUUAGAAAGAUAGGUAUGGACACUGAAGAAAUAAAGAAUGAGACACAGAACGAUAAAAAAAAUACCUCAGUUUCAAGACAGCAAUCAAAUGCUGAUAAGCAUCACCAGCAGAGAGGAUACUCAAGAUUCAUAAACAACGUUGAGGAAAGAAAUGAUGAAAAGCCAAACGGAGAAACUUUUGGAUUCAAGUCUGGACAAAGCUCUUUAAACAGGCAGCCUUUAAAGAAGCAGGAGAAGUGCAAUGAAAAUUCUAAAGCCCAAGCAGUGAUGAAUCAAGGCCAAUCAGAGAGGAACCAACAUCAAUCAGAAGGAUCUCAAGAUCAAUCAGAAAGAUCUCAUGGCCAAGCAGAGAGUUCUCAUCGUCAAUCAGAAAGAUCUCGUAGCCAAUCAGAGAGAUCUCAUCGUCAAUCAGAAAGAUCUCGUGGUCAAAAAGAGAGAUCUCAUCGUCAAUCAGAAAGAUCUCAUGGCCAAUUAGAGAGAUCUCAUCGUCAAUCAGAAAGAUCUCAUGGCCAAGCAGAGAGAUCUCAUUGUCAAUCAGAAAGAUCUUGUAGCCAAUCAGAGAGAUCUCAUGGUCAAUCAGAAAGAUCUCGUGGUCAAUCAGAAGAUCUCGUGGUCAAUCAGAAAGAUCUCGUGGCCAAUCAGAGAGAUCUCGUGAUCGAUCAGAAAGAUCUCGUGGUCGAUCAGCAAGAUCUCAUGGCCGAUCAGAGAGAUCUCAUGGUCAAUCAAAGAGAUCUCAUGGCCAAUUAAAGAGAUCUCGUUGGUCAAUCAGAGAGAUCUCAUGACCAAUCACGGAGAUAUAAAAGAUACUCAUCAGGGAAAUCGACAAUAUCACUGGAAAAUGAGUACAUCACCUUUGAAAGUUUUCGAAGACUUGAAAGAUCUCCUGACCAAGGAGAUACCCUAUGCAAAAAAACAGGCAGUUCAGGCUUGGAUUUUGGUACAGUUCAGAUCUGGAAUGGUAUAAGCCAGUCAUCUGGAACUCAGUCGUCCUUGAGAAGCAAGGCAAAACUUCCAAAAGGUUUUAACUGUGUGUGCCUCUAUCUUCUCAGACCUGGUGAAGAUGCUCAAGAUGAAAGGGGUGGAGGCAAGAGGGUUGAGGAGGGCCUGAGGGCAGCAUAG